UUUUCGUCAUGAUAACUGCCCUUGACUCCGUCGAAGUCACAUACAUGCCAUGUGCCAUGCACAGAGCAUCUUCAUUAUCUAUCCACAGCAUCGACCGCAUAUAUCAUCCUCCAUCUCUCUCUUCCUCCAAUCAAAAAUCUCUCACAAGCAGUCUCACUCUCGCCCCCCUUUCAUCCACCACCCACAGCACAGCACAGCACGACUCGACACGACACGCAAAGACCCUCGUCACAAAGUCAAUCUCUCAUCUCCUCUCAAUCUCUCGUCUAGAUCUUCAUUGCCUGACGGCUUCGAACAGCCGUGAGAAGUAGAAGUUGGUGGCCGUCAUGUGGUCCCUCCUGACGGUGAAGCCCGCCUUGGCCAGUGCCGCCUUGACGCGGCCCUCCUCGUGCAGGUACGCCCGGGUGGUCUUGGAGGGGCCGGGGAAGAACUCGCCGACCUUCUUGAGCAGCGAAUAGUACCUGUGAGGGAGGGAUACGAUACGGGGGAUGGAUGGAUGGACAGAGGGAGGGAAGGGAUGUGUGGCUGACUGACCAUGUGUCUGGCGCGAAGGAGAUGAUGAGCCUCCUGUCAGCCAGGGAGGCCAGCUUCAUGACCAUCUCCUCCAUCUGGCGACACACACCACACACACACACACAUCCAAGCAGACACCCUCCCUCCCUUCCUCCCUCCCUCUCCCCCCUCACCCACCUUCUCAGUAGGGUAGUGAAUCAUGACAUCGAUGCACAUGACCGUGUCAUAGCUCCCACCCAAGCUCUCCAGAUCCUUCGUCUCAAACCGCCCUCUCCGAUGGCCACCAUUCACCAGCAAGCUCUUGGCGCGUGCCUCGGCCUCCUCGACCAUAGCGGCUGAUAUGUCGGUCGCAUACACACUCGCCCCCCUCUCCAAAAGUGGAAGGCUGAGCGAGCCCACCCCACAGCCGGCGUCACACACUGACUCGGUGAGAGGUUUGCCCGCCCUGUCCUGGUCGAGCCACUGCAGCACCCUGUCGACGGUCUGCUGGUGGCCCUCUCGGAUGUCCAGCUGCACCUUGUUGACCUCUGUGCUCUCGCUGUAGAUCUUGUUCCACCUGUCGAAGCCGACCGUGUUGAAGUACUCGGCAACCUCGGCCUUGUCGUCCUUGGUCUGCUGCUCGAUAAGGGUGGGCGUCUGCAUCCGCAGCAGCAUGUUGGACGACGGCCGCCUGUUCUGGGCAGGGGUGCGCAGACGGCUGAGAGAGGCUGGGCGGAGGGAGGGGAGGGAUGAGGGGCGGAAGGCGCUUGCCGCACCGAUGAGGAGGGACAGAAUGGGGAACGUUGAUCUCAUCGCCGUCCUUUCCCUGCAGCUUGAUACGACUCAAUUGACGUGAGAUGAGCGGUUCUGAAGCACCUUAAGCAGCAGAUCUAUU